UCCCAAGAUGGCCUCCAUCAAAAUAUUUUGGUGUUUCUGGUUACAAAUUACUUAGAAUUAGGCGGUUUUCUGUGACUGUGUUCAUCACAGGCAUCAUGGCUAGGUUUGAUUUCAGCCGCAGUGUGAUGGAGAAGAUUCUGAGGCGAGCCUUCCUCGACGGAGUCAUUGAGUUAUACGAAAACUCACCAGACGGGCGAAUCCAUUCUGUUGCCCUGGAAGGGACACUGUCAUUAACCAUCAACAAAACAGAUUCAUUUAACAUCAAACUGUACGAAAUAGCCCAACGAGCACAGGAGAUUGACUGUGACAGGAAGGACCCCCAUCAUCUGGCUGUAGUCGGCAGUCACUCUCCAUCCUCAUCACCUGUUUCUGUGGCCAAUAGCGAAGUCACAGAAGCCAAAGUGAAAAUUGAACCUGACGAGAAACAGGAAAUAAAAUACUCUUGUACAGAAAAGGACAUUUCAGAGCAUGACUGUGAUACUCAUCCUUGUGAUUCUCAUAGGACCUUGAAAGAAAUUUUGAAUAGGAGAAACAUUUCUGAAAUUGCUCAUGAUUUAAGUAGAAGCAAGAAUUCAGCCAGUGUGGAAAAAGAAUCCAGAUCUAGAGAACAGUCACCUUUAUCACCGGCGUUUAGUUUAGGAAAACCAACCACACCAUCAUGGCUGUCUGUAUUGGACAAAGUUGAAAAACAGUCUACAUCUUGUUCCGAUGUUUUAAGAAAUAUUGUAAGAUCAGCUUCAAAUGAGCCCAAAGAAAGAUAUUCCCCAUCCCUUUCUCGAACUCAAGAGGUAAAAGAUCGAUAUGCCAUGCAAGAGUCAUUGCCAGACAAAGGGAAGCAGAUUGAGUCGUCAGAUUCUCAGUUGAAGGGGGACAGAAAGUCUGGUGCUGGAGAUGGACUUCAAGUGUUUGGUAAUAAGUCGGAGAUGUCUGAAUGUUGUAGUGAAGAUGCGGAGCAAGAGAGAAGCACAGACAAACAUAGGCACGACGGAGAAGCUGAAGACAGUGAUGAAGAACCUGAUCUGAUUGUGAUAGAAGAUGACGAGGAAGUUACAGUGAAGAAGGAGACCUCGGACUCCUCCAAAUCAUGUGCCAGCAGUAAGGACCUCACUGCCAUCGAACCAGGGGAGGUAUGGAGUGGAGCUAAACCAUCCCUCAUGUCCCCGCUAGACGACCAACAUACUCUGCCAGAGAUGUUUGUCACAGCCUGCCCUCUGUGUCAGGUGUUCUGUCAAGGUCGGGAAGUGUUCUUGAUGCACGUCGAUGCUCAUCGCCAGAGCUACGAACGUGUUUGUCUCGUCUGCUCCCAAGGAACGCUUCCUCUUGAGAGCCUUCUCUUCCACCUUGUUUCGGAUCACGGUCCGCGAAGUCCCACAGCUCUCCUGCAGCAGAGUCAGCUGGUGGCCACUGCCGAGUCCACUGGGGAGAUCAAGUGCUACCAGUGUGAUCGCAGCUUCUCCACCAUGGCACUGCUGGAGCAACAUUUAGAGUCCCAUGCUAGUCCAGUCUCUCAGUCUAGUCCCCAGAUGUCUGACCAUAGUACAGGGAUGAACAACUACAGCUGUGAACUUUGUGGGGAGGUUUUCCCCGAUCCCGGUCUCUUAGCAAAUCAUCACAGGAGGCAGCAUAUGGGUCAGUCAACAUCCGUAGUCAUCACGGACGAGGAUUCUCAAGGUAUGUCCGAAUGUGGAGCAGAGCCGGACGAAGGUGGAUCAACGUCGGGUUCUCCAAACAAACCGCUCCCUUUCCUGUGCCAGCACUGUGUCCGGUCAUUCCGGUCGUGGAGGAGUCUGAAGUACCACCUUCUCACCUGUCAUGGACUUCAACAUUCGUGUGAUGUCUGCAUGGAUGCCUUCCCGACCUUGCUCUCUCUUCAGCAGCAUGAACUGAGUCACAGUGACAAGGCAGCCAAGCCAGUUUACAGAUGCACCAUCUGCAACAAGAUGUUCGGCUCACUCACACACUGCACAUCGCACAAGCGAGUCCACACGACAUCGAAGCCCCACGUCUGUGAUACCUGCGGCAGCUCGUUCUUCAAGCGAGGCGACCUCACCAAGCAUGUUCGUACAGUGCAUUGCCCCAACAAGCAUUUUGUGUGUAAGGUCUGUGGUCGUACUGGCACAAGGGCGGACAACAUGCGAGUGCACGUCAAGAUACAUCAGAAGUUCAUGACCCGUGAUCAGAUUGACCUCCUCAUUGAUGAGGUGUAUAAAACUUAACUGCCAUGAACAUUAGUUGGUGAGGAAAGCCGACAGAUUGUUUCCUAAGAUUGCUACAGCUGUGAGACUUUGUUAUAAUGUGCAUUGCUAUAAUUUGGGUUUACUUUAUGCCAAACAACAUUGAAGUUGUUGAUUUUUCCCGAUAUAUUUUGUCUUUCAAAUUUUUCGGAAUGGUUUAUAUAUUUUGCAUCUCAGAAGAACGUAGUUUUUGGUAAUGGAAAAUAUUAAUGUUCUGGUCAGAUGAAGUGAGUGAAUGAGUUGGGUUUAACGCUGUUUUUAACAGUAUUCCAGUCAUAUCACGGUGUGUCAGCUUAAUGUGGGAGGAAAGCCCGAAGUGAUGCAGGUCUCAGACGUUUACCACUUCGGUGAAACCCACGAGCACGGGUAUGGUGCUGACAAACCUAGAAACAUAAUCAGGGCGAACCGGGAUUCGAAUCCACAAUCAUAGGUUUCUGGCGUGCCCAAGGGACGCAACUGGUCAGAUUAAGAGUUUAUGUUCUUUUAGUGCAAGACUCGUCAACUAUGUCAGUUUCAGUUUGUUGUUAUGCAAUUAGGAGAUACAGUUGCCAUGUUUCACUAUACCAAUGUAUAGGAAGGGCAGUAACAAAUCACUGAGCAAUUGGUGCAUCGUGAUACUGUGUCUCACAAUAUGAUUACUCUAUCGGUUGCUCAAGCAUCGAUACAAAACGAUAAAAGGAUGUUUAAGGUGACAUGUAAAAUGGUAGAAGGUUAAAUUUAAACAACGAUUUCAUACUUGUAUGCAAAAGAUAUCUAUUACCACUGUUUAUCAAAUGUCUAAACUCUACUAAAUAGUAUUAAGUUGGGUUAAUAUCCAUUUCCUUCGAUGGGAAUGCUUUUCUAGCAUGUCAAGUUUCGAGCAUCGUGUAUCAUGUCGCUACCUUACUGUCAAGAUAUGUAUCAUAUUCAAAUGAUAUGUAUCAUAACCAUGGCUACUGCCCAAGUGGUUAGUAACUCUAGGUAUACUGUGCAGACAUGUCACUUAAGACUAUUUCAUAAGUUUACUCACUCCUUGUUAAUGUAUUCAACUUCAAUGAACAUUAUAUAUUGGACAUUAUUUUUGGUCUUUUGAUGAUGUCUUGCAUGAAUAAGUACUUUUAUUUGAAAUUGCAAGUUUAAUAACAAUACUGUUAUUUUCAACAAACUGAUGUGUUUCUGAGACAGUUGCCAUGGAUACAGUUGCUAUGGUUACUGUGAGUAUGCACGAUCAGCUUAUAUAUGCAAAACCAGAUAGACCAGAGUCCUAAGUAUACAUCAAAUUGUUUUGAUUUGAACAAGCUGUUUCUAGACGAAGUUCUUUUGAGACAAAUUCUUUAUAAUUAUUGUUCCAUGUAUAGUAUAUAUGUUCCAGUUAUCAAAAUGGGAAGUUGAUUUUACAAUUUACAGUUACAGUGGUUACCAUGGUAACCACAAAAGGGUGAUUAUCAAAGUACUUUCUUUGUUGAAUUGAGCUGCCAUAAUUUGUAUCCAUAAAAGUUUAUCUUUUUACCUGUUGUUUGCAUUUAUAUUGUUUAUACAGAGUUUUGUAUUUAUUUGGAUUGAAUAAUGUUACUGCAUGUGGUGUGUUUUCUAGUCAGAAUAAGAUAUAAAUGUUAUGGAUAGUUGUAUGUUUAUAGUUUUAUCACUUGUUGAAAGUUGCAAUACUGACACUCAUGCAUAUGCUUGAUAUGUAGCAAGACUGAAAUACUAGACACAGAUGACCUUGUUCUAACAGGAAACAACCUGCUAUGAAGCAGGGCUGGGACGAGUCCACAUUAACUACCCGGGUACUAGUGUUGGGACGUUACACAGAUGCAUCGGGGGAUCGUGAUUUUUUACUUCUUGAUACAAGUAUCGAUCACAGUCACUCACUAAGUAAAAAGUAUCGAUUCUUACCUUAAAUGUUUGCUUUAUAACUGUUACACUAAACACUUAUUACUAAUUAAUAGUAAUGUAAGUUUAUAGUAAAAACGUAAAUAUUUUCAUCCAUUUUGCCAUACACUGCCAACUGUAAAUCAGGUAUUUGGCCAUCCUGUCUAUGAAAAAGAUGGCUUACAGACCACAGAUAAGACCCCAUGCAUGUAUCAUCAUAUGUAAGGUAUCGUGAUACGUAUCAGAUCACACAGUUGGUGUAUCGUCCCAGCCCUACUGGGUACCUGACCCCCUAUUACCCGACCCUACCCAGAUCACACGGUUGGUGUAUCGUCCCAGCUCUACUGGGUACCUGACCCCCUAUUACCCGACCCUACCCAGAUCACACGGUUGGUGUAUCGUCCCAGCCCUACUGGGCACCUGACCCCCUAUUACCCGACCCUACCCGGGAACCUGCUGUAGGUUUCAAGUGUAGGGCACAAAAUGUCCAGUUUGGUAAUUGUUGUACUUGACCCCUGGCAAAAACUAUUUAGAUAAAAGUAUAAAAUGAACUGAUUGUGCAGACACUGAAGUUGACUAAGUUUUAUCUUUGUUCAAACUUAUAUGGUGCAGUUGGGUAGCCUAGUGGUUAAAGCGUUCACUUGUCAUGCCGAAGACCCGGGUUCAAUUCCCGGCAUGGGUACAAUGUGUGAAGCCCAUUUCUGGUGUCCCCCGCCAUGAUAUUGCUGGAAUAUUGCUAAAAGCGGUGUAAAAACCGUACUCACUCACUCAAACUUAUACAAGGAAUGCGUGUAUAUUCAGAAAGUAAUAGGAACAUUAGUGUCACCAUGGAGUUUUAUUGUUAAUUGUCAUUACACAAAUAUAUCACAAUGACUAACCAUGGUGCAGGUGUCAUGUGGGUACCCGGGUCCCACUCAUGAUCCACCUGACCCAAGUACCUGAGUUGACCGUCCCAGCCCUGCUAUGAAGGAAAAUCCCCAUCUUGUAGAAACAAAAUUUCAAGAGUACAUGAAGACAACUGGUUGUGUUUCCCAUGCAGUGUAGUUUUGUUGUUUUGUAACUGUUAACAUAAACAAUGAAGCGAAUUGGUACCAGUAGAUGGAAGCAUUUCCUGUGCCAUGGGUUGUUAAUUAGUGAGUCAAUUAAUUAGAUCAAUUAAUAUCAGGGAUUGUUUAAAGUGCAUAAGAUAUGCAAUCUUUGUUACAUUGUAUCUUUAUGGUUGAUACUGGAUAAGAAAGCUAAUAUUUGACAUAAUCACACUGUCCUGUGAAGGUAUUGGACCAUAAGGAAAGGACAUUCCCAACAUGGUUAUUGGUUAAUAAUAGAUUUAUUAGUACAUGUUGCAAAACAUAGCUUUACCAACACUUAAUAUAUACCAAUACUGGAACAAUAGACCUAAGUUAUGUUACAGUACUCAAGGAUAUUGCAUGUAUGUAUUUUAAGUUUCAUGUAAGGAAGGAAAGUAGCUUUUUGCAAUAUCCCUGUUCAUAUCAACUGUGUUCGGUAAUGACUGUAUUCACCAAACAAGGUCAGACUGAAAGUUACACAUGAUGAGUUUGAAAUUAAUCAGUGUCAUUAAAAUCCUAUCUUUAGCUCCAUGAUGCCUUGUAACAUUUAACUUUCGGCAGUAGGGAUCAUUGCUGUUUGUGAUUCUUUCGUUUAGAAUAUCGGAAACUCUAUACCCUGUUCUGCUCCUGAUUAAACUAGAGUUAACUUUCAGAGAAGUGCUUGUCAAAGUGUGCAACUAUAAAAACCUGUGCUUAGUAGUUGUAACUAUCGAUAUGGAGGAUUAACAGUAAAAGUCACUUUAGGGUGUAACAGUAAAUACAGAUUUGCAUCAUCCCGAGGCAAGGGAAUUAACCGACUGUCAAAAUAGUCCAGUUACCACCCUUGCCGAACUAGGCUGGAAUUUCUGAGCUCGAUCAUAGCGCCACCAGUGGCUGUUAUAAGUUAUUUCCCUUGCAUGUCCCUCCUAUUGACCAAUCAGAUUCCACCUCUCAUAUUAUUUGCAUUUACUUAAAACAGAAUGGCAGCACCCAGUCAAGACGAUUUGAUCUAUAUUGUGAUAAAACAUGUCUUACUUCACAAAGUGCAUCAAAACACGUGACUACCUUAAUCAAAAACCUGAAAAGAUUUGGAAAAUAUCUGUUGAUUCUAAGUUGAGGGUACACAUGCUUUUCAAAUCCUGCAAUCAACCGAAAUCUACACGGCAGUUUACAAACCGGAUGUUAAAUACGAGAUUUUGAUUUGUCUAUGCAUAGACUCGUUAGUCCAGCCAAAAUAUAAAUUUCAGCCCUUGCCUCAGGGAGAUGACUGUUUUGGGUGAAAAGCUGCCAAAAUGGGGAAUUAUUCAGUUCAUGUACAUCUCUCUUUAGUAGUCUGUUUAUUCAGUCCUACCUCACUUAACUUCCUGAAAUAAUUCUGACUUUACUGCCCCUGAAUUAAAAUAUAUCCUUGAAUUAUUAUCUGUUGGCAACAAAACUCAGCUUAUGUUUGAUCAAUAUGAGGACUACUUCAUCAGUGCUUACAUUAAUGAGUGAAUUACUGAGUGCAAAAUUGUCAACAUUGUCAAAACAUUGCUGUCUUAUGUACCUUAUGUAGUAGUAUAUACAAGAGUUUGAUAAUAAAUUGGCUUGGAACAUACAGCUUGUCAGUAAAAACCUCUCAUAAAAUCCAAAUGUAAACCACCCAAAAAAGUGAAUGAGAAUUUCCUUACUGUUUCUGAAAUAUAGGUAAGUUAUAUAAGUUAGCAUUAUCAACACUAAACAUUAAGAACUUAGGCAUUUCUUCUCCAGGUACAUCACACAGUUUGAACAUCUGACAAAUCUGUGAGGGAACGCAUGAAAAUGUCUUUCUGCACACGAUGCGUGACGAUCUUGUACUCUGUUUUGGUCCCAAAUGUUUGUUGUAUUAAGAUUUUGCAAAUAGAUGCCAGUGAGUCAAACACCUCCAGAUGUAGUUAGAUGUCAUGUGUAUAUUAGGAGGAACAUCCAGGGGAUUAACCACCCUUGCCAUGGAUCAAUAUUGAGAAGUGAAGGUAAAAUGGAUGUUGCCAAAAGAGUUAGCACAAAGUCCACACAAGGACACAGCAGUCAUUUCACCUCUUCAUUGUUGCAUGGAGUGCUAAAGACUUUCGUCAUUAUCUUUACUGCUCCUGAGUCUGACCCAUUGUCAUCAUUGCAACUAGAACUUGUCAUGUGUUAUCAAAGAUUGACAGAAUGGUGUUCACAGUCCUUGGACAAACAACAUAAGUGUAAAAUAACCAAAAUAGUCGCUACCCACACAGGGAAAUUCAUAAUACUGUUAUAACUAUACAAUUUUGGUUUCUUUGUUUUAUUAAUCUUGUUGAUUUUCUAGGACAAAAUUUGCAAGAGGUUAUAUUGUUUUUUUUAGAAAUGUUAUGAUAUCGAUAUCCUUUCAUAAAACUACUAGUUUGUUUGAUGUUUAAUAUCUCACUCAGCACUAUUCCAACUUUGUGACAGCAGCCUGUAAGUUUUCGAAUAUGGACCAGACAAACCUGUGAUUGAUAUUAUGAGCAACGAUCUAUAUGGUCGGGGUAGAAAAUGUUUUAUAAUGGGGAACGAUGACACAAGGUUUCAGUCAAAGUACAUUUUUGUUGCAAAGCCCAAAUCACAGAUGUUGCCCACAAAAGUAUUCACUGGUAUGUCUGGUCUGGAUAUUACUAGUUUCAUGCUUCCUAUUUAUCAGUAGGAAUAAUGCUGAGUGUCAUUAAUCAACAAACAAAUAUUGCUUAGUAUGUGCUUCCAAUUGUGUGUCUGUUGAAUGAAUUAUUUGUAAACUGUCUAAUAGAAAGAUGUCAAACUUGAAACAGUGUUUGUCCCGACAUUCCUGUUCCUUGUCAAAAUGUCUGAUAUACACAUUUCAUGUUUAAUUAAUUGUGAGUACAGUGCAGUGUCUUCUGUCUACAUGUAGAUGUUCCCAGCAGAUGUAGUUCCAUCCUCGAUAAUCCAGGGUGUAAUAUUUCCAUCCUGUGAUAAAUACACUGGACCCAUCCACUACCAUAGCCACAUCAAUAGGACCGCCUCUGUGUAACUUUAAAAGGUUUAAUCAAGUGAAAAGUACUUAACAUUUGGAUAUCCAUCCUCAAAUAUACAGGAUAUGUUAUCUCAAUUGUUAUAAAUACCCCGGACUCAUUCACAACCAAACUUUUGUGGAGUGAAUGGAGCUAUUAUACCCUGGAGAAUUAAGGAUGUUGGGACUUCAAAAGUGAAACAUCACUCGAAGUGAAACAGUUAUUCAUAACGGCUAAUUAGUUACAAGUUAUUUCUUAUUUUAAGAUAUUUGGACAAAGUUGUCCUUAAUAUUGAUAGCCUUGUGGUAAAGGCAUGCUGAAGCCUUGGAUCUAUUUCUGUCUAUUGUACAAUGUGUGAAGCCCAUUCUGGGUGCCUCAUCUUGAUAUUGGUGAAGUAUGUUGCUACAUAACCCUGAGUCUCUUCUUUUACUCCCUCACUUUCCCACUGUGAUUCUUUAGCACUAGUGAUAUUUAUGGCUGUGAUCUUUAGAAAUCUCAAUUUUAUAUUUUGUUGUUGUCUUGAUUUAUAGAUAUUUAUGCACAGAUCAUAAGAUCAAAAACUACAUAGAAUCAUAUGUACAAAGCACAAACUGAGGUUAUUGUAAGGGUUGGAUAUUUUAAGGCCACAGACUAAAUGAUUUAUUUAGGCUGUGGUAAGACAUUCAGCUGUCAUUUUUGUUGAUUCGAGUUUCAAUAUAAUUUAUGUGAUUGGCCACCUUCAGUGGGCUGCUAUACCAUGAUAUACCAUGAUAUACCAUGUGUCCUUGCACGUUAUGUGGCUUUCUAUGUGGUGCAUCUCCUUGUCAGAUUACCUACGAGGGAGAUACUAGUUUCUGCCAUUGUCUGAAGUUCAAGAUGUAAGAGAUAUUUUUUAGCAAAACUUAUUGCUAGUAAAUGUCAUUAUACACUACUUUCCCCAUCAUUCAUGAAUAGAUAUUACCGUGCAGUCGCUAUUUUUAACCAUGGAAUCAAAAGACAGCCUGGUUCUAGCGGGAGGGAAACUAGCGAGUGUUCAGACCAAUGGGCGCUCAGGUAGGGUUACAUCUGUGCAACGGUCUUGCGGCCAUCUGCUCUACGCAUUGCUCCAAUAAGAAGUAAUGGUAGGGUUCUCACAAGUUCGUGUACGGUGUGAGGCUUAUUUAACUUCCGUGAUUUGCACACGGUCCUAUUCGGCCCGAAAUAAAAUACACACGCGUCAGAAACCUUCGAGGUAUUGACAAUGAAUGUAAGUGAAUGCGUGAUUUAUGUGCUUAUUCACACCACAGCAGUCUUUCAUAUUGUGAAACAUUUCUUGCGUUUAUGUUUCGCAGAUUAUGUUAGUUUAAUAAUUAUAGUGCUUCCUUGGGCAUUUCAUUCAUAGUAGGUUUACUCCAGUUUUCAUCAGAGUUGGGGAGUUCUCUCCCUUUGUAAUUUUAAGAAAUAGCUUUUUACCCCCCACCCCCAUCAUAUAAUGCUUGGGAUAUAAUUUUAUCAGUGUGCCUGUCCGUCCGUAUUCAUGUGUUGCUGUUGUAUAGUUCAAAAUCCAAUUUAAUAUUUUUCACAAAACUUUACAUACACAUUACAUUCUGAUGAAGCAGGUUCUUUUUUACAAGUUCAUAGCUACAAAUUAGCCUCAACUGGUGGCGAGGUGAAGCAGAACUAACAUACAUCGCAACAUCUGAUGGGGACAUGGUGGCUUUUGCUGAUUGGGCAGUUUGACAAAUAUGAUGUUUUCCCCGACAGAACAAGUGGAACUUUGACUUAAUGUGUCUUUUCUGGUACGUUUCUGAGAAUCCCAUCUCUUAACUUAAUGUUGCAUCGAGGGAUAUGUCUUAUGGUUAUUCUUGAUUUGAAUUGUAUAUUCUACCAUAUAAUUAAGAAGUUCUUAUUGAAAUAACGACAUAUUAUUUUUCACUUCCAAGUUCUCUUUUAUAUUAAUUUAUGAAUAUACUGUAUUCGUUCAUUUAUAGAAAAUAUUGGAAGAAUUUCUUAUUCGUUAAAACGUGUUCACGUCAUGGAUUCUUGGACAUGACAGAAAUAUCGCGUAAUUCGUCGUUUUCGAGAAACCCAUUGCAGGUCAAGUGUAUGUUUAAAGUCAAAUUUAUGUUGAGGCCAUGGUUGAUUGCAUUGACUUUUCCCCAUUGAAAUAAAACACGAUAUAGAGGAGUUAUGCGUGAAGUUUGGAGAACUGGCAUUGCACUCUUUGUAGCAUCGUCUAUAUCUCCAUGGUUAGACUAACAUCUAGUCUCUGAAAUUAACAUAGUUUACAGAUGAAAACAGUUGUUAAUUAUGGUUAUGAAAUAUAAUAAAAAGGAGCCCAGAGACUCUCUUCAUUUUCAGAUGCUGGUACUGAAGUUAUCUAGACCUGCCAACUAUUAUAGCCUUCCAUGGGCUCUGUUGGGUAUAUUUGAUUCAGGAUCUUUAUGACAGACUACUUCAGAACGCGCAUUUCGGUAAAUCUACACUUACCCCUGGAUCCAUUCCCGGGGUUCUCGCGAUCUCAAAAUACCCUACCUUGAUUUUCGUCAGCUAAUUUGAUUUGCUAAGCUACUCAGUCUUACGGACCAAUCAGAUUGAGAGUUUCUCACCAGCCUCAAUUUUAGGUUGGCGAUAUCAACAACAUGGCGACCAGUCCCAUUGAUUACGCUAAAGUUUUGCAAGAAGUUCAACAUUGAAAAAAAAACUGCCGUUCAAAAGAAGACCCUCAAAAUCUUUUUAAAUGAAAUGAUGUCCUCAUGUCCAGUUAAGUCCCUAUUCCAUUUCCCUUAUCUCGACUUUUGAUUGGUCGGUUAAGUGUUAAUGAAAAUCUAGGGCGGGUAAUUUGAGAUCACCAGAUCCAGGAGAAUGGAUCCAGGUGUCAGAGUAGGUUUACCAAAAUGCGAGUCCUGGAGAUAUAAAGGAUGUCUUUGUAUUUAUAUGCUAAAAUAGGUGUUUUAUAGUGAAAAGACUUACCAUUUCAUUAUUCUAAUCAGAACUUUAGAUUACUGUGAUUCCACGCCCUGUUUUAUGGUUACUGACUAUAUAUACUACUCAAAACAUGUUAAGGAUCACUCGAGUGGUCCUUAACACAUUGUAGUAGUAUGAUGUUAUAUGAGCGAUAUAUGUUGAAACUGCUUUGGUAGGCUUGCCAUGCCAUGGUUUGCGUUGUCCAAAACUGUAAAGAUCUCCUUGGUUUCUCCCCAAACCAAGCUAUGGUGUAUACACCACUGGUGGGAAAUGAAAUGUCUAUCCCCGUGUGAGUAGUUGGAGUUAGUAUCCAUUUCUUCCUCUUCGUUUUGAAGUUCAACUGGUCCAUUCGUCACCACUCGCCCUCUUCCGUAACCUUCAAGACGUCUUCCGGCUUGUGCCUGAAUGACACGAGUGGUUACGAAUGAUUAUUGUUCUUGUUAUAUUAUGUCUUCAUGUGAUGAUUAAAUCUACGAAUAUUGUUACCUGAAACUAAUACUUUCGUGUGAGUAUCAUAAUAACGAUAUUUUAUAUAAUCUGCUAUCCCUCUUUACUGUGAACCUCCGUUUGACUGCAAGGCACUGAUUUAAGCUCCUUGCGUAAGUGUUAGCAUGUUGCCUAUAGAAUUGGUUCGCCAACUGUUAAGAGAUGUGUCUUAAGCGGGAGCAUUGCAUAAUAGCGUGUAUUUAAUUACCGAAGACAUUGAAGUUGAACUAUGCUGGCAUAUUGUUGAUUGAAAUGUUUUUGUAUUCUUCUUUUUUUAUAAUAACUGUUCUCGUGUUUUAAUCACAUCCCUAUCCCUUGUUAACAAUAUUUGUUCUAUAAAUAAUAAAAACAGUUAUGACAAUG